AACGUCAAAUGUGACAUUUGGUCAAAUAGUACAAACAGAUGUCUAAAAAUAUUCUGUAGUGAAAAUUCGAUUCGCAAGUGCUUUGUGCAAGAUUUUAAAUUUAAAUAAGUACAAAAUAAAGAAAUCCAUGCUUGAUAGUCUAUUAUGAUAUUGUGAAUGAUCUUGAACUUUUGUGAUAAAAUAAAAUGGAAGUAACAAGCGGCGCUGAAGACGGUUUCGUCAGGGAAUGGGCACCUUGCACGCAUAUUUUAAAUUUAAUCCCUCCUCGUAUUCAGAAUGGUUUAUUUUCUAAUGAACUUUGUUUAACGUGUGUGGACGCUGUCAGCGAAUAUAUUGCGUUAGGAACGAAUGUUGGCCUGGUGUAUUGGUACGACAGAAAAAAGGGUCACAUGCAAAGACUGCGAUGCGAGGCAACAUCCUCUCCCAUCACAUAUGUGAAGAUUGUGAGCACGGUGGACUUCAUGGUGGGAGCCGGCAAUGCUGCAGGCCAGGUCACCGUGUUCCAGAUACCCAAGGAGCAUCCGGAGAAUGUGCCGGACACUUUCAAGCCCAAAGUAGAGCCUAAAGUGGAAAGGUACACUAUAGGUGACCUUCACAAGAGUAAGAUCACAUCUAUCGAGUGGUCCAAGAACGGAAUGAGACUUUUCUCCGGUGACAAGAAUGGUGUCAUCAUCAUGACGGAAAUUGAUUUUUAUAUGCACUUAUGCAAAUCAAUGGAGAUUGUGAACGAGGAACACGAGAUUGUCCAGAUGAGCUACUAUCAGAACACGCUGCUGGUCUCCAGCAUGUACCGGACCAUAGUGUGCGAGCGACUGGACGCCAAGUGGCAGGUGUCUCAACUCGGGAACAAGGAGCGAAAGAGCCUGUGCGCGCUGGGCGCCGUGUGCGUGUACUCGUACGCGCGCGGCGGGCGGCGCGCCGACGGCGUGGUCGCGGCGCGCCGCGGGCUCCGCCUGUGGCGCGCCGACCGCCGCGGCACCGUGCACCACACGCUGCUGUUCAAGGAAGCAAUAUCGAACCCGCUGACGGUGGCGGAACUCCUCAACCCGUCUCUCCGUAAACACUCGCACUCCGAAGGAGAGUACAACUUCGGCCCGCUGUACCCGUUCCGGGAACACUUCCUGGUGUCCCACAACGAGCACUUCUUGUACAUCCUGGACCCGAGGUCCGCCACUGCCGUCGCUGUUGUCGAUGAUCUGCGCAAAAUCCUGUCGGUGUCCGUGAAUAAAUCUGAGAUCUGGAUAUUGGAAGGGCCGCGCUCGCUGCUGAGACUGGCGCCCGCGCCCGACCCCGCCGCCGCAGACGAGCCGAUCAACCUGAUGACGAAAUCGCUCACCACAUCAAUCCAGCAGGCCGUGAACACGAUGCGGGACCUCACUCUGGACCAGACGGUGCCCUACAUCACCAGCGUUCUCGAACAACCCAUUUCCAUCUUCACCACGAGCGAAGUAGACACCGUAGUAAAAGCAGAGGAAUGCUUCGAGCUACCCCCAAUCAAACAUCUACCCACAGAUAUAUCAGAGAACGUUCUAGAAUCGAUCAUAAACGAGUUUAAGGACGUAUCGAGUGAUGAUGAGUUGCGAAAGGCCAAGUCUGAGGAGUUGCAGAGAAAGUUGAAGUUGUAUAACAGUAUAAUGGAGAAGAAGUGUGAUGAUGAGUUGAUUCACAGUAGGAGGAGUAGGAGAAGGGAGACCGGGUCGGGGAGCAGUACUCCCAGGCUGGCGACCCCGGUGCGCAGGGUCGAUGUCAGCUACACCAGCCCGUGUCUCAUGAACGUCAGUGUGUACGGCAACACGCCACUAAACGACGAACUUCUUGAACAGGAGAUUGAAGAAAAAGAAAAAAUACUAGCCAAAAUGCUGAACCUCGAGUCCCUGAGUAUUCCUACAGCGAACAUAGACACAACUGCUGAAGAAAAACCCGUCACCAUAGUGCCCACGUAUCCGAAACCAAAAACCGUAGAGAAUGACUUUCUAGAAACAUCCAAAGAUGUGACAGAUACCCCCAAAAAAGUUAACACCGUCAAACCUGUAAAACAAGAAAUAAUUGAGACGAAGAAAGAUCCUGAUCUCUUUGAUUUAGUUCCAAAAGUAGUGCAGCUACCUAACACAUGGAAUUUAGAUAAUAUUCAGCUGAAAUUAGAAUUGGAGGUUAAUAAUGCAAAGAGUGUCGUGUCUCCAGAUGAUAAUUUGGAUAGCGAGUGGGAGUUUAUCUGAUGCAACAGAAAAACAACGUGAGUGAUCGUUGUUUAAGAUAUCCUCUAGAGGGCACUUGUAUGUAAAUUAUGUGCGUCACAUUGCAUCGUUGGAAAAUAGUUGGUUGAUUAAAUCGUGGCGUAUCCAAAAUUAUCAUGUUACGCUUUCAUUUUCAAGGUAAACACAGAAUUUCAAUUAUAUUUUGCUCAAAUAAAGAUAUCAUUAAUAGCUUAUCAUAAAAUUGGGGUUUACAGUAAAGAAAAAGUUGAACAUUUUUUUAUUAGACUUUAAAAAUGAAAGCGAUUACAAUUUGUAAGUAUAUUUAUCUAUGUAGGCAAAUCUAAAGAUAAGUACCUUUUAUUGUUUAAAUAAAAUACAUAAAAUUCUAACAUCUGACUGAAAGCAUGAUGAUUCGCAAUCUGUGCAAAGGUUGCAGAAUCCAGAAUCCAUGGUCAAAGGCACAUACCACGGGCUCUUCUCCAGAAAGGAGAGGACGUAACCGGGCCUAAAGCCAGGAGGAAGAUCAUUCCAUAUGAUAAGUACAACGCUUCGGGACAAGUUGGAAAUAAAUUUAACAUAUGCGCAUAGUGUUAAAACAAGCACUAAAUUUGUAGAAUUUAAGACAAUACUGUGUGUUAAGUGCACUUUAAGGCUGAGAAUAGAUAGAGGAAUUUGCCUGUUUCUUAUGAGAUUUUCAUAUGCAAGACGCGACAUUCCUUGUUUUAUUUUUUACAAUAUCGAACCUGAUAAUGUAUUUAUAUGAAUUAUUGCACGAUACGCCUUAACAAUUUGAAAUGUUUUAUAAGAAAAACUAAAUAUUUAUAUGGAUAAUGUAGCAUGUAGCUGUAAAAAUAUUUUUUAACAAGUCGUUAUGCAGAACAAAUUUUAAUUACUUUUUCUUUUAUAAAUAUUUUUAGUUAUAUCAAGAUGGUCAAUGCAUUUAUUUUGUUCACAUUGUCUGCUUGGCAGAAAAUUUUGUUCUUUGUUUGGCUCUAAAGCGAAGUAAACUUAGUUAUAUAUUCUUUUAAUAAAGGAUCUGAAUUACAGGGCUUCUUUUUAUUUUAUUUAUUGUUAUUAAUUAAUAAAGAAUAUUAUUUAUAAUUACGUGGUAAUUAAGAAGUAUUAAUUUGAACAUUUUACUGUUAAAAUUGCAUAUUCCAAUUAUGUUCCAAUUAUAUUACUUUUAGGUCAGCUAUAGAUUAAAUAAUUUUAACUUUUCAAACAAACGCACUGUGCAAAUUUCUUAAACUGUAUCGUCGGUAAUAUUUUAAUAACAUUGAAUUACAGGUAGGUCGAAUAUUUUCAAACUCAUUUGUUUUGAAAAAGGUUUCAUAAAUUAUGUGUUACAAUCGAAUUGUUAUUACUUUAGAGACGGCUUUGUGGAGCAGUUUAUAUCGUAAUUAUUAGCAUUUAUUAUCAGAUCUCUUCUAUAUACAGUAUGUUCGAUUUUUUUUUUUGUUGUUAAUUCAUUUUUGGCAGGUACAAUUUUUAUGAAGUUUAUUUGAAUAAGAAUAAUUAUUAAUAUAUUUUUAACAUUAUAAAACGCUUUUGAAUGUACGCUGUAGUAUAAGCAUUCUGUAUGUUAAUUUGGGCGGGGUUUGAUUUAUAAAACCAUGCAGUUUAUUUAAAUAUAUGUAACUUAAUCAGUUUUUAAAGUCGAAUGAAACAUACUUUACAUUUGAAACAACACGUCGAUGAUGUGGUCCAAUAAGGCUAUAGUGUAUCGCCGACUUUGCCUUACAAAUAUAAUAACUGAUAAAAAACCAAUGUAAAAUAGGAAAGAGUCGGUGAUAUAAAAUGACCCUAUGUUUUCUGUGUAUAAAAAUUGUCCGUUCACUUUGGAGUCAAUAUUUGUUGUGAUAUUUU